AAUCUCAGACACUCUCGCCUCUCUCGCCGCCUUCUCUUCAGAGCCACAAGCCACAAGCCACAAGCCACACGCAUCCCAGAUUCCUGUAUUUCAAUGGGGAAGAAGCGGAAACACAGUGAAACUGAGGUCGUAGCCAAUGUAAAGAAAGAUGAAAGUGCUCCAGAGAGAGCUAAACGGACACUUUUGGGAUGGAAGGAUAAGACUGAAGGGGAAAAAGAAUCUAAUGAUUCUCCUGCGGUUUUUAGAAGUAACGAGAAGGUCUUGGUUACUUGUUCGCGCCGCAUUAACUUUAGGUAUCGGCACCUGAUGUUGAACUUGGUUUCUCUUUUGCCUCAUUGUAAGAAAGAUAACAAAGUUGAGUCCAAGCAAAGUAAAGGCUCGACCCUGAAUGAGCUAGUUGAGUUAAAAAGUUGUUCAUCUUGUUUGUUUUUUGAGUGCCGGAAGGGGAAAGACCUUUACCUAUGGAUGUCCAAGUGCCCCAAUGGUCCGUCUGUGAAGUUUCUAGUUAAUGCAGUUCACACCAUGGAAGAACUGAAGCUUACCGGAAAUCAUCUGAAAGGCACACGACCUAUUUUGACUUUCUCAACUAAUUUUGAGAAGGAUCCCCAUUGGAAACUUCUGAAAGAGAUGAUCAUGCAGAUAUUUGGAACGCCCAAGGAUCACAGGAAGUCUAAACCUUAUCAUGACCACGUAUUUGUUUUCUCAAUUGUUGAUGACCAUAUUUGGUUCAGGAAUUACCAGAUAUCUUGUCCUCGUACUGGUGCAAAUAAAGUAGACCGAGGAGACCUGGAUAAGAUGACUCUUGUUGAGGUUGGUCCAAGAUUCUGUUUGAAUCCGAUAAAGAUCUUUGGUGGCAGCUUUGGUGGCCCAACAUUAUAUGAGAAUCCAUUUUAUGUCUCGCCAAACCAGAUUCGCGCAUUGGAGAAAAGGCAGAAAGCGGGCAAGUUUGCAAAGAAGGUGAAAGCCAAGACAAGGAGGAAGAUGCACGAACUCUCAAAUCCCUUGGAGCCUGAUGAAUUUGCUGAGAUAUGGAAGGAGUGAAGGGGUCGGUAGCCAACCAUGUCGGUGGUCAUCUUCUCUUCUCUGAUGAAAGCAUGUUUUCUUGACGACAUUGUAAAAAACAUGACACAGAAAAUUUUGGUCGCGUCUGAGUACAAUUUUGCCUGCCAAUUUAUAUCAAAAACUGGCAUGUUUUUGAAUGUUAUUAUUUUUGUGCACAUUGGAUUUGGAUACUUCCCGCUGCUUAAAUUCUUGUCUUGUGUUUCAGGGAAACUUUUAAUCCGGCAUGCUCUUGACUACUUAAUAAUACAACGGUGUGGUAUAUAUUUCAUGUGUCAAUAGGCCCAACUUUUUGACCAACGAUCUAACAACUUGGGUUUUACGUACCUAAUUCUUCCGGCAACACUGUUGGUAGAUCCCUGUAUAUUGGGAAUUUUUUAUCCACCAGUCAACAAUCGCCAUGGGACCCAUUUCCCUCCUAGUCUUCCUUGACCCCACUAUCCUUUCUCCACUAAAAUACAACGAAACAUUUAAUAACCCCACCCUUGCUGUGUAACUA